AUGGGGGGCAGCGCCCGGAACCCGGGAGUCCUGCAAAGAGACGACUCCCCCAGACAGUCUCCAUACCAGCGCUUAAGUCAAAGGAUGCUGGACAUUUCGGGGGACCGAGGCGUGCUGAAGGAUGUCAUUCGAGAGGGAGCUGGAGAGCUGGUGACACCGGACGCCUCCGUGCUCGUGAAAUAUUCUGGAUAUCUGGAGCACAUGGAUAAGCCUUUUGAUUCUAAUUGCUUUAGGAAAACUCCUCGGCUCAUGAAACUUGGAGAGGAUAUCACACUGUGGGGCAUGGAGCUGGGCCUUCUGAGCAUGCGGAGAGGGGAGCUGGCCAGGUUCCUGUUCAAACCCACCUAUGCCUACGGAACACUGGGCUGCCCUCCGCUGAUCCCCCCAAACACCACCGUCUUGUUUGAGAUCGAGUUGCUCGACUUCCUGGACUCUGCUGAGUCGGACAAGUUUUGUGCCCUCUCAGCCGAGCAACAGAGUCAGUUUCCACUUCAGAAGGUCCUAAAGGUGGCAGCUACUGAACGAGAGUUUGGCAACUACCUUUUCCGCCAAAAUCGUUUCUAUGAUGCCAAAGUGAGAUAUAAACGGGCCUUGUUGCUCCUCCACCGGCGAACAGCGGCCCCUGAAGAGCAGCCCUUGGUGGAGACCGCUAAGCUGCUUGUUUUCCUCAACCUGUCCUUUACUUACCUGAAGUUGGAGCGCCCCACCAUGGCCCUGCGCUAUGGAGAGCAGGCUCUGAUCAUUGACCAAAAGAAUGCCAAGGCCCUCUUCCGCUGUGGACAGGCUUGUCUCCUUAUGACUGAGUACCAGAAGGCCCGGGAUUUUCUAGUCCGAGCCCAGAGGGAGCAGCCCUUCAAUCACGACAUCAAUAACGAGCUGAAGAAACUGGCCAGCUAUUACAGGGACUACAUGGACAAAGAGAGAGAAAUGUGUCACCGGAUGUUUGCUCCUGGUGACAAUGGCUCUACAGUAGAAGAAAACUAA